AGGCCACCCACAUAUACUUAGCCUCGCAAACCUCACACCCCCUUUCCCUUUCCUCUCAUCCCUAUCCUCUCGCAUCCCCUGCAUUCGGACACUUCGUCAAAGCUACACUUCUGCAACACUCUGUGAUCACUGAGAGCUCGAACUAUGGAUACAACUCCGAGAAACAUCGACUCUGAGCUAUCCAGUCCUCUGACUGUGCCCACCUCAGAGCAUUCUGACUUGACUGUACCUGAAAUCUCAAUCAUACAACCUAUGGAGGGUUCACAGCCAACCCCAUCUCCUUCAGACCCUCAGAUUCUGAAUAUGCCAGCACAACCUUCAAACUCAAGUUUGUCAACUGCCGUGAGCUGGAGUGGUCUUCUGUUGACAGAAGAAGCUCAACUCAUGUAGGUAUCACUAAACUUGCAAUGUUAUAAUGUCC